UCAAAACCCUAACUCAUUCAUAUAUCCUAAACUUUUACAAUGUGUUCAUUAGGGGUGGCUUAGUGGAGCUUGUGUUGUUUCCUCUCCUCAUGGUGUCGCUUCGGUUGAAGUGUCGUUCUUUAAUAAUUAUCUGUGAAACUGAAUUGUUGGUUUUAAUGUUUUUUUGCCCAACGAUGCUACUUAUACGGCAUAUGAGGGUUAUAUUUUUCCUUCGUCCUCUUCUGUUUCUGUCUUUUCGUCUUCGUCUUCCUUGUUUAUUUCACAUCAGCCUUCCACUUCCUAUUUUCCUAGUGUUUUUAAUUCGGCCAUGGAAAGGAUGUUAGCUAGUAUCCAGAUUCCGGUGCCACGCAUCACAUAACCAACAAUCAGUCAUAUUUUUAGUCUGAAUCGACUUAUAGAAGUAAAUUCACUUCUUAUGGGUAGUGGUGAGGAAGUGUCGAUUACUUAUGUUGGUUGUGAUCAAAGCAUUACAAACCGAUGGUGGUGGUGAGUUUCAGAAGCUACAUCGCUGGUUGGGUGAACAUGGAGUCCAGCAUCAGGUGUGUUGUGCUCAUACAUCUGAGCAUAAUGGCAGGGCUGAGCGUAAGCAUUGAUACAUUAUUGAGAUGGGUCUCACUUUGCUUGCUCAGGCAUCCGUAUCGAUCAAAUUCUAGAGUCAUGCCUUUGUCAUGGAUAUUUUUCUGAUCAAUUGUCUUCCUGCCAAGGUUCUACAAAAUAAGUCUCUGAUUGAGAUUUUGUAUUGCAAAAAACUUGAUUAUUCAUUUUUAAAGGUCUUUGGUUGUGCGUAUUAUCCUCUUUUGUGUCCUUAUAAUCAACAUAAAUUGGAUUUCUGUUCCAUGCAAUGUGUUUUUCUCGUGUAUAGUAUGUCACACGAAGGUUUUAAAUGUCUUGAUGGCAAUGGUCGUAUUUUUUAUUUCCAGACAUGUGGUUUUUGAUGAGUCUGUUUUCCCUAGUGUAUGAAAUAUUCGCGCUAUUAAAGUAGCUGGUGAAGGAACCUCUGUAGUUGUUCAUUUAGGAAUUGUUUCUUCUAUGGAUGGUUUCUUUGUAGGAAGACUGAACGUUGUUCUUGAUGAGCGUAUUACUAGUUAUCUUGAGGAUUUGCCUGGUACCUCUGAAGAUUUUCCUAUUGAUACCUUAUUUCAGUGUGUGGAUAGCUUACAUGGUGUUGAUCUUCCUCUUGAGGGGCUUGUUGAUAAUGUUUCUAAUGAUCUUAGGGGUGCCCCUGAUAUGGGUGCAGUUGAUGGGGCUCCUCUGGGUGAUCUUUGUGUUGUUGAUGACACUACUCAUGUUGUUGCAACUAUGGGUGUUACCGAUAUUUUACUUGACCCAACAGAUUUUGUUUUUGUUACAGGACCUGGUAGCUUGACUGAUGUUUCUCCUGUUUGUAGUCAUCCUAUGGUCUCUCGGAGAAAAAAUGGAUCAGAAAGCCUAAGGUUUAUUUUACUCAGCGUCUUGGUUGUGAUGCUGAGCCAAAUACAAUUGAGGAAGCAUUUCAUAGUCCUCAAUGGAAGGAAGCUGCUCAGGUAGAGUAUGAUACUCUUAUUCGCAAUAACACUUGGUCUUUGGUUGAUUUGCCUUCUCAUCGUAAGGCAGCUGGUUGUAAAUGGAUUUUUAAGUUGAAAAGGAAUGUUAAUGGCUUUAUUACUCUACACAAGGCUUGUCUUGUGGCUAAAGGUUAUCUUCAACAGGCUGGUUAUGACUAUCAUGAGACUUUUACUCCUGUGGUUAAACCAGCGACUGUAAAUGCUAUUUUGUCCAUAACAGUUUCGAGGCAGUGGAGGCUUCAUCAGAUAGAUAUUAAUAAUGCAUUUCUAAAUGGUGAGCUAGCUAAAGAAGUUUAUAUAUCUCAACCUCCUAGGUUUGAGGUUGAUGAAAAGAGGAUAGUGGGUUGCAAACUAAAUAAGGGUAUUUAUGAACUUAAACAAGCACCUUUGGCAUGGUUUGAAAAAAUAUGAGAUUAUAUUUUGUCUGUUAGUUUUGUUUUAUCAAAAUCUUAUGCUUCUUUAUUUGUCAGGAAACAGGGGUCUCGUUCGGUUUAUCUCUUUGUUUAUGUGGAUGAUAUUAUCGUCAUAGGUAGUUCUGUUGUAGAAGUUGAGUAGGUUAUCACUGACUUCAAUAAAACUUUUUUUCAUUAAAAGACCUUGGUCGACUGAAUUAUUUUUUUAGGAAUUCAGGUCACUUAUUGUAGGGAUUGUGUUUUUUUUAAAAUCAACAGAAGUAUAUUGAGGAAUUCUUGUACAGGAGUUGUCUUGAUAGUGCUAAAAUCUUGCCCAGUCCUAUGGUGCCAAGCUGUAAGCUUUCUGCAUCUCAAGGGUCCCCUGUCUUUAAUUCCAUAGAUUAUCGCAGCAUUGUGGGAGCUUUAUAAUAUGUUAUAAAUACUAGGACUAAUAUUGCUUUUGCUAUUAAUCGAGUUUGUCAGUUUUCACAGACAGCUCUGGAUGAACACUUUGUUGUUGUAAAAUGAAUUUUACGGUAUAUUCAAGGGACUUUGGAUUAUGGUUUGAAUUUUACUAAUUCUCUUUCUCGGUUGUCCAUCAAAGGCUUUGCUGAUGCUAAUUGGGGUUCGGAUAUUGGUGAUAGACAAUCAACAUCAAGUUUUUGUAUUUUUCUAGGAACUAAUCUUAUCUCUUUGACCAUCUUGAAAGCAACAAGUUAUCUCCAGGACUACUACUGAGGUUGAAUAUCAAAGUGUGGCUUGUGUUGUUACUGAAGUUAUUUGGCUUGAGUCAUUGUUAAAAGAGUUGUAUGCGCCAGUCUGGAAAGUCUGUCAUGUGGUAUGACAAUUUGAGUGUUGUGGCAGUCUCUGCUAAUCAUGUGAUGCAUUCUAAGUUCAAACAGUUGAGAUGGAUUUAUUUUUUGUUCGGGAACGUGUUGCAUCUGGUCAGCUUCUUGUUAAUGAGGUUCAAGCUUAUGAGCAAAUUGUUGAUGUGUUGAAUAAACCCUUGUUUGCUGUGUUUUUUAAUCGACUUUGAACCAAAUUAAGGGUUCUUCCAUUUCCUUCUACUCAUGUUCGUGAUACUAGCAGGUAUGAUUGAUGUGCUUUUUCUUUGUUUUCUAUUGUUUUUCUGUUCGUUUGCAUGUUGUUCUUCGAGAAUCAGGAAAGUUUACAAGAGUUUAGA